GGAAACAACACUGACAGUGACUCUGACAAAGAAAACUCUCAAGAAAACUCUACUAUUUCUACAUUACAACCAGGAAGAGAAUUAGAUGAAUAUGACAUUUUAAAUCAACAAAGAAGAAGGGCCCAACAAUCAACUAUGCAAUUAAUAACUUACUAA